CUGGUUUUGGUGCUUUGUGUAAAUAUUACAGACAGAAAAUUUUACGAUGAGAAAGUGACUUUCAAAAAUUUAUAGAGUUUGAAGAUGCACUGGAGCAGGAGAAGAAAGAACUACAAAUCCAAGUGGAACACCUUGAAUUUCAGACUCGACAGCUGGAGCUGAAGAUCAAAAACUAUGCAGAUCAGAUUUCACGACUGGAGGAACGUGAGUCAGAAAUGAAGAAAGAGUACAAUGCACUACAUCAGCGUCACACAGAGAUGAUCCAGACCUACGUGGAACACAUUGAGCGAUCCAAGAUGCAGCAAGUUGCAGGAAAUAAUCAAACUGAGGGUAGUCUGCCUGGGAGGAGCAGGAAGGAACGCCCUAACUCUCUGAACGUCUUCCCCCUCACGGAUGGCAUGGUACGUGGGCAGAUAGGGGCCAAGAUCGUCCCAACACUGGACCACUGGCACCUGAAUGACCUCGGCCAGCUGCAGUCCAACUCCAGCUACAAGGUUUUAUAG